AUGGACCGCCGUCAUGUUCCCGUGGCGUCCACGUCGUCACAUGGCGGCAAGAGCAGAGCACACCAUCUCGAACAUGUACGGACCUCUUCGGGGGCAUCCCGCUUCGUCCGCGGCCAUAAGCAGCAGCCCAGCGUCAGUGUCACGAGUACCGACGAGCCGCGCUUCAACCUCGACAACUACCGUUCCUGGGCUCGACGCCAGAGGAAAAGAGCGCGGGAGAACACCUGGGCCCGGCUUGAGAAUGCCUUCAACGCGUGCUAUCAAAAAUGGAUCAUCGAGAGGUUGUUGCGCCAAUACCCGUUGCCUCCCAGCAAGGACGGCCGCCACAUUCCCCUGACAUAUGGCCACGUCCGAGAGACGCCAUUGAAAGAUGACCGGACCGGCAGUACAAAACCAUUCUGCUCAAAUUUCAUUCGUUCGAGUCGAUACACGGUGUGGAGUUUCCUCCCGAAACAGUUGUAUUUCCAAUUCAGCAAGCUGGCCAACUUCUAUUUCUUGAUCAUUGCUAUAUUGCAGGCGAUCCCCGGCCUCAGCACGACUGGGACUUAUACGACCAUUGCGACCCUCAUACCCUUCAUCGCCAUCAGCAUGGCCAAGGAAGGCUAUGAUGACUACAGAAGGUAUCAGCUGGACAAGCGGGAGAACCGCAGUAUGGUCUCGGUCCUCGAUCCUAAACACACUGCGUCCGGCAAAUUGAAAGGGAAGAAACGUCGGGAGAAUGCCGAUGUGGAGAUGUCCAUGGCUGAGCUGGAUGACUUCAAUUCCCCUGCCAACGUCUGGUCAAAGAUGCAGUGGCAGGACCUGAGGGUUGGGGACAUUGUCCGGCUGUACAGGGAUGAAAGUCUGCCGGCCGACAUUGUCCUACUACACGCCACCGGACCAGAAGGCGUCGCGUACAUCGAGACAAUGGCAUUGGAUGGAGAAACGAACCUCAAGAGCAAGCAAGCCUGCCCCUUGCUUGCGAAACGUUGCGAUUCAUUGGCAAAACUGAGAGCAUGUAAUGCCCAGGUUGUCUCGGAGGAUCCAAACAUCGACCUGUACAGCUACGAGGGGCGAGUGACCGUCGACAACGAGACCAUGCCCCUGACGCUCAACGAGGUGGUCUAUCGGGGAUCCAUACUGCGCAAUACUACGCACGCAACAGGUCUGGUUAUCAACACAGGUGAGGAGUGCAAGAUUCGCAUGAAUGCAAACAAGGAAAUCCGCGCCAAGAUGCCCGCCAUGCAGCGCAAGAUAAACCACAUUGUACUUUUCCUGGUCGCCUUCGUUGCCUUCCUCGCUGUUGGCAUGACCACUGCGAAUGAAGUAUGGAAAUCCCGUUACCUGCACAAGGGCUGGUAUCUGAAAGCAGUCUCGGUGAAGGAGAUUCUCAUUGGAUACAUCAUCAUGUUCAACACCCUCAUCCCUUUAUCUUUGAUUGUCAGUCUCGAGAUCAUCAAACUGGGCCAGCUUUUUCUUCUCCAAGACGUGGAGAUGUACGAUGCCGAAUCCAAUACACCCAUGGUUGCGAAUACCACGACCAUCCUGGAAAACCUCGGUCAAGUGAGCUACGUGUUUUCAGACAAGACAGGUACCUUGACAGAAAACAAGAUGCGGUUCCGCAAACUGAGCGUAGCCGGAACCGCUUGGCUACAUGACAUGGACGUUAAACGAGACGAUCUAGAACGAGAAAGACGUCUGCAGUUGAUCAAGGGCAAAGGCAAGUCAAACAAUGUCACUUCAACCAUGUCUGUAGAGAGUGCAUCUACCGAGCCGAUCAAGACUCCUCUCAUCAACCACGCCAAAAGCUUCGUGACGAAACAGAUUAGCACAACUUGGACUUCAACUGGUCGGCCAUCCCACGCUCAGCCGGAGUUGAAUACCGAGAAACUGUUGCUUUACGUCUAUCAGAAGCCAGACACCGCCUUCUCAAAGAAGGCGAAGCAGUUUCUUCUCUGCGUAGCGCUCUGCCACACGUGCUUGCCAGAGACCAAGGCAGACGGAACUGUGGAAUUCCAAGCCGCGUCUCCCGACGAACUUGCCUUGGUAAAGGCAGCACAAGACCUAGGUUACUUGCUUGUCGAUCGCGCAACGCAAUCAGUUACACUUCAGGUGAAAGGUCCGGAGAGCGGUCUUGAUCUGAAUGAAACAUACGAGGUUUUGGAUGUGGUCGAGUUCAGCAGUAAGCGGAAGCGAAUGUCCAUCGUAAUCCGCAUGCCGGAUGGUAGGAUAUGCGUCUUCUGCAAAGGGGCCGAUAGCAUGAUCCUUCCGCGUCUGAAAUUGGCACACCUGGCUAUGCAGAAGGCAUCAGACAUCAGUCGCAAGGCCACUCUCAGGAAGAGUGUGGAGGCAACACGGGCCCUCCACCGAAGGAGCAUGCAAGCGCAGCACAGUCUCGACAUUGUCCGUGCUGCAUCAUCCAAGCAGCACGGUUUCCGGGGAGUGAAUGCGCCCACUCGGUCGUCCGUUGUCAGUGACGCAGUCGACUCUUGGUUAGACCACCGUGAGCACGAUGACUUGGAUGAGCCUGGCCACGAGGAGGUAUACCAAAGCCCAAUGGUCAUGUCUCCUGCAUCCUUUGGCCAUGACCAUGAGCUUGACGGCAUGAUAGACGAAUCGCUCGCGUCUAAUGAUGGUGCCAUUUUCGAACGUUGCUUUCAACACAUUGACGACUUCGCGUCAGAAGGCCUGCGAACUCUCCUUUUCGCUUACCGUUAUAUGGAAGACAAAGAGUAUGCGUCCUGGAGGAAGACGUAUCAAGAGGCAACGACGUGUCUCGUUGACAGGCAACAGCGCAUCGAGGAGGCUGGGGAGUUGAUAGAAAGAGAUUUUGAUCUUGCCGGCGCCACUGCAAUCGAGGACAAGUUGCAGGCCGGAGUGCCAGAAACGAUUGACAAAUUGCGCAGAGCGAGUAUCAAGGUGUGGAUGCUCACAGGCGACAAACGUGAGACUGCUAUCAAUAUUGCGCACUCUGCAAGGAUAUGCAAGCCGUUUUCUGAACUGUAUGUUUUGGAUGCACUCAAGGGAGAGCUACAAGAAAGUAUGGUGUCAACAUUGAUCGAGAUCGGUCGUGGGAUGGUCGCCCAUUCAGUCGUCGUGGUAGACGGCCACACGCUGAGCAUCAUAGAGGAGGACGAAACCUUGAAGGCCAUCUUCUUCGACCUGGUUGUGCGAGCAGAUUCGGUCAUCUGCUGCCGGGCUUCACCUUCGCAAAAGGCCAACCUGGUCAAGUGCAUUCGAGAUACAGUUCCGUCGUCACUCACGCUUGCAAUUGGUGACGGUGCCAAUGAUAUCGCGAUGAUCCAGGCAUCACAUGUGGGCAUCGGCAUCUCCGGUCGCGAAGGCCUCCAAGCAGCCCGGAUAUCCGAUUACUCGAUAGCUCAAUUCAGGUUUCUGCAACGUCUGUUAUUCGUACACGGCAGAUGGAACUACCUUCGGACCGGCAAAUACGUCUUGGCGACAUUCUGGAAAGAGAUGGUCUUCUACAUGGCACAAGCCCAAUUCCAGCGGUGGAAUGGUUGGACUGGCACAUCGCUAUUUGAGAGCGCCAGUCUGGCUGUGUUCAACACCCUGUUUACCUCCUUAUGUGUGAUCCUCCCAGGCAUUUUCGAAAAGGAUCUCGAUGCCGCGACCCUCCUUGCUGUUCCGGAGCUAUACACAUAUGGCCAACGGAAUGAAGCUUUCAACUACAAGAAGUACAUCGCCUGGAAUGUGAUGGCAAUCAUUGAAAGCAUCAUCAUCUACACGAUUGUCCACUGCCUCUACGGCGACUCGUCACAUGACCUAUUCGCCUUUGGACAACUCGUCUUCACCGUCGUGGUAAUAUUUAUCAACACUAAACUGUUCGUGCUUGAAAUGCACCACAAGACGACUGUUACGCUCAUAGGUUGGCUACUCAUGGUUGGCGGCUGGUUCGUGUGGAAUCUCUUCAUCUCGGGAUCAGGUGUGAUGAAGCAUACUGCAGGGCCGUAUCCCGUAAAGGACAAUUUCACCCAUGGCUUCGGACGCCACGCGCUGUGGUGGGUCACUGGGUUCCUUGCCCUCGCAGCUGUCGUGGUAUUCGAGUUAUGCGUCACGGCCCUGAGGAGGGUUUAUUUCCCUAAGGAUCAGGACCUAUGGCAGGAGAUAGAGCACCUUGGCGCAGGCAAGGUUUUGGAAGAGCAUGCGGCAACCGGUGACGUAGAGAGAGGAGGCGCUGCCCAAGCUCAAGCUGGCGAGGGCGUUAAGCUGGGGAAAAUCGAUAGUGGAGGGACGGUAGCAUCCGCCUGA